UAUUCAAAAAUUUUCAAAAAUUCCGUAUUUGAUUCAUUGAAGAAAAAAUUUUCUUUCGGGAAAUACAGCCCUGCAGGCAAUUUUAGAGUUUGGCAGCACUAAUUUCUCUUCGAGUGACCAUCUUGACAAACUAUGCGAAAAAUCAAUAUAGCUGAAGGGACAUUGUUUGCCAACUACUUAACAACUUACUGUUGGUCACUCUUUAACUGUGGUAAUUUUUUGCGUCUGCGCUACUGCUUUGUUGUCGUUAUUAAUUUUAUUUGAUUUAAAAUAAAAUGAAAAACUAGCAAUUAAGUUUUUAAAAAUAAUCAAAUGUAGCAGGAAAUUGUGCGCGUAUUAAGUGAGCAUCAAGAGAAUGUCGGUAAAUAUCACCGUGAAUGGGAAAUUUAGAGCUUGCAAUAAUCCCAGCAUAUUAGACGAUCCUGUGCGUGUUAAAAAGCAGCUGGAAUCGGACCUAAGAAAGCAACGGCUGCUCGAGGUACGUGAGGAAUCAAAAAAAUUGGCGCGUAGAAUCCGCGACGAUGUAGCUGAAGAAAAGGAAAGGCAGCUGAGAAAUUUAGAAGCGAUCAAAGCAAAAGAACUUGAAUGUUGGCGACAGCAUAUAUUAGAUCAAAAAGAUGGUGAAUAUCGUCAGGCGAUUUUUCAAAUAGGCGCUGCACACAAUGCUGCUAAGAUUGAAAACGAAGCAAUGGCCGAACGGCUGGCAGCACGGGAGAAGCAAUCUCAAAAAUUCAAAAGAAAGACAAAUGAGCGUUUGGGAUAUAAAACACCACAAAAAACUAAGAAAGUUCUCCAAACUGCUGGCACACAAACCCCAAAUAUCCUCAUGAAAGACAAAAAAAAGAAAUCAAAAAAAUUCAAACGAAAAAAUUGCUCCAAAAACCACAAUUCAAUGUGUCAAUGCUCUAGUGCUGAAAGUGAUUCGUUUGAAGAAAGCUUUAAUAGUGAAGGAGAAAGUAAGGAGAAUGAAGAAAAACAAAGUGACACUAGUAAAAGCGAAGCCACAAAAUCAGUAAAAAUUUGUCCAUGCCCAAAAGUAAUUAAUUGCCCUUGCACUAGCAGCUCAUCUUGCUCGUCCUUACUAUCGUCAACAAGCACUGAUGAAGAAGAAACCGAAAAAAGUGUAUCUGCUGAGAAUAAAAACGUCAGACUUAGUAAAAACCCACCAAUAAUCGUGGAUAUUGAUGUGGCUAGUAAUGAUUCCAUCAGCAUAAGAGCUGGCGAAAUAAAAGAUAAAUUCACACAAAGUAAUCGACAAUUCAGUCAUAUAGUACGUGCUAGUAGUCCAGAAAAGCCCGUUCGUUCAUCGCUUAAAGAAAGCACCACGGUAAAAGCCGCCAAGCCACGUUUUACACAAGUUUCACAGCUAAUAAAUAACAAAGGUGCUAGCAACGUUAGACGUUCCUCUUCUCCUUCGCCACCGAAAGCGCCACCACCAUCACUCACAGCAGCAUCUCGCACAUCAACAUUAAAGUCGCCUUAUAAAAGCACUUCUUCUGGACAUAUGCAAACGACUCUCGUUGGUAAUGCCGUUAUAUUGGACAGCUGUAAUAGUGAUAAAACAAAGGAUGAUCGGGAUAGUGGUCAACGACGUGUGCAAUCAUAUGAUUACAAUAACAAAACUAGCAGAGAGUAUAUACAUCCCACGGAAGGUUUAAUACAUGCGCCCACAGCGCGUGAACGCAAUGGCCCAUGUGCGGCGGAGAAUGCGGAUAUGGAACGUGAAUUUGAAUUGAAGAAGCAACAUGAGAGGGAGAGAAUACGCGCACAAACAGAUGAACGUUGCCGUAAAGCACUAGAACGCGAACAAGCCAGGCGCGAUUGUGUGGAACUCACGGAAAAGCUGGAUGCGCUGACUCAACAAUAUCCUCAACUAAUAAACCCAACAGAUCCCAGAAUACAAAAUUAUCAAUCUUAUGUCAGACAAACUGAGCUUAAAGAGCAAAAGCGAAACGAAGCAGUAAAAGAGUUACUGUUACGUCCUGCGAUAAUCACGUGUCCUGAAAUAGACGAAGAACAAAAAACCACUGUUGGACCCAAACGGCCCACCAGUACAACCGACGAAGCAUUAAAUAUUGGAUCACCCCAUUCCAGCGACCUAGCGGAUAGCUGCGGCUCAAUAAUACUCGGCUACGUGGAUGAUCAAAAGCAAAAAAUACGCAAAGAUAUGCAAGGCUAUGCUACCAAUGGUAACAAACAAAAAGCCGAACGCUUAAAAAGUUUGUUACUGCGCAUUGACGAUUUGCGCAAAGCUCUAUGCGAAGAGUUGAGUAAGAAUGAAAAUGGUGAAAGCAUGCAACAUGUCAUAAACGGUGUAAGUGAUGUGCGUCGUGAACGGGAGCGUAUAGCCACCAAAGAUUUACUCGGUGAAAAUGGCAGAACUUCACCGUUAGGGAAGCAUUUACAUGAAGUUGAACAGAAGGAAGCUCUAUUGGAACAAAAAUUGAGAGAAUUAUGCAAAAUGCAAAAGUUGCAACGGGGCCCAGCCAAGAUAGACAAGGCGGAAGGAGCUACUAUAAAAAAAUCUGGCGAAAAGGAGUGUAAAGUGCAAACGUCAAGCAACAAGCCUUUGGAAAUCAUAAUUAAACUCAGAAAUGAUGGAACUCGACGCGCCAAGCAGAAAAUAAAAAGGUCGGCGAAAAGUCCACGAAAGGUGUCUAGUUUAAUUGAUACGCCAGCGCAUAGAUUAGGCGUAAAACGCGCCGUUCACAAUGCUCGAGACAAGCCACAACAAAAACAGCAAGAAACUACACAAAAACCAAUAAAUCGGCAAAACUCCUACGAUUCAAACUCAACUUCAUAUCGCAGUUUACCACCUCGCAUUGGAAAUGAGGUUGAUACUUUAGUAAAGCGCUUAGAACAAGAUGACCAGGUGGAAGGAAAUAUUACUGACAGUAACAGUAUACAGCAAUCAAGUGACGCCUCUCCGACCAAUGCAUCCACCCAACCAACAAAACCUGACCGACAGCAAGCACGUUUAAAUCCACUCAUAGCUCAUUAUGUACAACGCCUGUUGGGCAUGUCUCGCAAUUCUAUACGCGGACUUGGCGUCAGCUCAUCAGAUAUCGAAACACCAACAUCGUCGGUCAUGAAUGUCAGUUCAAAUCGUACACUGCCCACUGUAGACGUAUCCGACUCACAGGAGCGCAUACAACGUGUUCAACGUUUUAUCGAUGAAAAUCGUAGUUUCAUUAGCGAGCUGGAAGAUACACUGCGCACGCAGAGUGAUGUUACGCUGGAAACUAGCAUACGCAUGUUUGAGGAGAUUUGGCAGCAGCGGCUGCAAAAGGAGAAGCGUCCAGUUGGUGACAAGUCGAGAAUGCAAAUGGCUCAACAAAUGAUGAUGCAAACAAAAGCACAAAGAAAGGAACAACCACGUGCGCCACCAUCUGGCGGCAUAAUGAAACGCGCUACACAGAAUCCUCCCGACACGACUGUUUCACAACCGACGAAAGUAGCAGGAAAAUCAGUUAGAGCAGUAGCGCCAACUUCACAGCUCACCACCCAAAAGGUGCAAUCAAAGCAGCAGCAGCAACGUCACAGUACGCAAAGUGACACAAAUCCAAUGCACCUACCGACUACACGCGAUACCAUUACCGCAAACGCAACGAAUCAACAAAAGUCGCGCGAAUCGCAAAAUAAGCGCGAUACCGCAGUAGUGUCAGAAGAACGACGCGCCGAGGAGCAAAUCGCACGUUAUGAACAACUCACUGAAAACUGCACGCAACGUAUCGCUGAAUUGACUGAGCUCAUACAAAAGGUGCGCACCGAAAAGAAGCGCCUCAUGGAGGUCACACUCAGUUCGGUCAGUGAGGGCCGCAACUCAACUGAAUACAUCGAGCUACCCGACGGUACGCGUCGCCGCUCAAGUGUGUCUGUCGAUAAGAAUACCAGUCUAAGCAGCGGCGGUAGUAGUACCAUGAGCCGUCUGAAUGCAGCCACAACCCAGCCAACCACAUCUAUUGACCACACACCACAGGAUACUCUCGAGCAGCAAGCCGCCGCUACAUCGGCUGAAGGAAUUUCAGCAUUAGAUAGCGCUGCACCAUUAGAGAAGCAUAAACCAACUGGUAUUAGUCGUGAUAGUGGCAUUUCGAUUUCGCGACCAAUGACAGCACAAGACAUGGAGCCACCUUCGCAAGCAUCAACCACAACAUAUACAAGCAAUCAUCAUAGCGGAGUACGCAAACAUCGACCACCGCCCACAUUACAACGCUACAGUCCUAACUUUGCUGAGGAUGAUGUGGCGCACGAGCUCUCGACCAUAAUCGAAGUCGAUACGCCUGCAACCUCUCGCGUGAAUGCCACAACGGGAGGAGCUGCCGCAGCCGCGGAGGUUUCUCGCAGUAGACAUUUGCAACCGCAACCCUUUCCAACUUUCGAAGAAUACGCGCGUGAAAUGAAUUUGGAUGUUACGCAAUUGGAUGCGGACACGAGCAAUCGUAUACAUCAAGAGUUUGAGACUUUAAUCACAAAUCUGCGUAAUGCGCAAAUCCCGGACUAUCGUGAGUUCCCAUCCCUCUCUGCUUACCUACAAAACUUGAGCAUACACCGGGAGGGUAGUCAGCACUGUCAAUCGCCGGAGAACAUCGAGGACUUAAUAUCAUGCCUACGCGUAGCGAAUCUCUCUGUAAAAGCUUUUCCCGCGCGACAAGAUUACUUCCGUCAGUUAGCAAAUUCACAAAGUGCUGAGCUACUGGAUAGCGCCAGCAUCGAGAACGUUACAGGCACAGGCACAGGCACAACAAAUAGUAACACGGAAACCGAAUCGGAAUCGAUAAAUAUUGAGGAGGAACUACGGCGACGUCAAAUCCUACAGCAUUCCUUUCGCACCGCCAAAGCGAAAGAGCAGAUUUUCUCCUCCACAACGAGAGACGGUGCUGAGCAUGCGCGCGCUUUCGUCGCGGAGAGUGGUAUUGAGAAACUCUCCACUACAUCUGAGAAUGCUUCAAGCGAGUUCGAACGGCAGUUAUUCAGUUUGGGCAUGAAAUGGCCAGCAACAAUGCGUGCACGUGGAAAGGAAGCGGCAGUAGUGGGCAGUAGCAAUACCUCAUCAAGUCCAGAGCGUGUGCUACCAACAGCCGCUGCACAUGCACAACGCAGCAGUCCGCAGCGAAACCUCAACGCAGGCGUACAAAUGAGUCCGCGAAGAUCGCCCGAUAGCGCAUUGCGUGAAGAGAGUGCUAAGCGUGUUGAUGCUGAAAAAAUUAAGGCGACUGCAAAGGAGGUGCAAUUCGAACGCAGCGUAAGUGUGCGCUCACCAACGCAAAGUCCAACUCGUUCGGAAGAUCGUCAACAGUUGCGAAAUAGUCCUGAAGGCGAUGGAACUGCCGGCUCGUCAACAGCGCAGCAAGCGGCAAGGCAAAAGCAACGAAACAGCAGUCCUACACAUGACAGCUCCUCAAAUGCUAAACACGCUUCGCGAGAUAACAAAAGCUCACGCCACAGUCCGCAACGCUCUAGCGAUUGCGAGUUCUUAAGCGACUUUGGACGUCCAUUGAAUUUGCGCGAAUUCCUCACCAAAGAACUGCUCAAACACGCCAGCUCAUCAAGUUCAUCAACACCCACAGACGAUUCGCUCCGAAGCGCCUUUCUGCAAUCCAUUAUUGAUACAAUGACGCCGCGUACGAAUAAUGGCGGUAGCAAUCAGUUGGACAGGCAAAAGACUUCAACGCCCGUAACGCACUCCGCGUCAUCGAAUCAUCAAAGUAGUGGCGAUCGCAGCGGCAGCAGCAGUGGUAAUACGCCGUCGCAACUCUUUUCGGGCGAAAGUUGUAUUUCCUCCGUGCGCUUUUUUGAACGCUCCAUAACGCGUAACUAUCCACGCAAUGCGCCGCCGGGUGAGGUUAAAAGGGAGCAGUCAACGGCGGAUGGGCCGCAAAAUGAGGCGAAAAAGUAGUGCAAGUACUGCCCAGAAAUCCAUUAACUAAUUGUGGAGCAAUGUUCAUUCCAAAAUAAUUAUUCAUAUCGAGUUAUAUACAUACAUACAUAAAUAUAUGUUUAAGUAUAGCGAUAAGUCA